UCCGAAUUAUAAAAACCUCGCCGACGAUCUCAAGAAAGUAAAACAAUUAAUUCAAAAACAAAAAAUGAUGUUCCCUUCAAAGAUCACCACAUGCAUCCUCGUCCUAGCCGUCUACACGGCAGCCCCAUCAGAGUCAACCAUAACGUGUGGGACAGUGACAAGCACACUGGCACGGUGUAUAGGCUACUUGACCAACAGUGGUUCAUUGCCAUCAGACUGCUGCGUUGGAGUCAAAUCAUUGAACCAAAUGGCUCAGACCACACCGGACCGCCGACAAGUCUGUGAGUGCCUAAAAUCUGCGGCUAAGGAUAUCACUGGCCUCAACACCGACCUUGUGGCCACACUCCCUACAACUUGUGGUGUUUCAGUUCCCUACCCCAUUCGUUUUAGCACCAAUUGUGACACUAUAUCGACUGCCGUGUGAAGGAGGCUAGCUAGAGAUGUACGACUAAUCAAAGUUGCAAGCUUUUAACCUAAAUAAUAAGUAUAUCAUGCGGCUAUUUCCCAUUUUAUGAGUUCAUUCUCACUAUGUAAUCAUCCAUUUCAUAUGGUAAUAAGUUAAUAACUUCUACUAAUUAAUAACGACAAAGGAACUCUUUCUCGCUC